AUGGACGAUGUCAGCGCAUCCCUCGAGCUCAUACAUCUGAUUUGCGCAACUCUGAUCUUUAUCCGCGAUGUCACGAAAGACACAAGCGGCAUACCACAUACAAACAACUUCCUAAACGAAACACUCGUUUUCUUGGAUGUAUUUUCGAACGUCUGCUUCAGCGACUUGACCGGGAUCUUACGCGACAGCCGUGUGCAUCGUAUCUUAACGAGUGAUGUAGAGUACUCUCUAUACUCACUCAACAAGUCGCUAGCCGCGCAUCGGGAGGCAUGGAGGUACAUAGGCAAAAGUCCUAUCCCUGACGCAGGACAAAGAAGCAUCGAGGACCUAAAGCGCGGUCGUGCCGCGUCAUUGGAUGUUCAAUACGAACAGAAGAGCUGGAGAGAGGAGAUGAAAGAGCGGUCACAACUUUGGCGCGAAAAGGCGCGACCUAGGCUCUACAAGACAUUGUUCGGAGAAGAGGAAAUGGUCGCGCUUAACCUCAACUGUUUGCAAUGGACGCAUCGGCUUCGACAAUCUGUAGAGAUUGUCUUCCUUGGUAUUGGGCCACCAGAUCCAGGUUUCAAUAACACCAGGCAGGCUGCAAUCCUUGGCGUAGCAGAGCAACUAGAGCGCCAGCACCGAGCAGGUGCAGAGCCUUUGGGCGAUUACAGCGCGCUUGUAGGCGCACUGAGGGACACAAUAAGCACCGAACAUCCAUCACAAAGUCUAAUCAAGACGAUAUACGACGAUGGUAGCGAGGAGGUUGACGUUUUGGUGGAACCGAGAGCGGAUAGCGAGACCCCCGCUGAAUACAUGUGUCAUCUUACGUGGUUACUACAAAGCCCUCACCAGACUGAUGUAUCUGUCAAGAGCGACGCUCAGGAUGGCUACCAGCUGCACACACUUAGUUGCAUGGGUUUCAUCGAUGAUCCGCUAAACAAAAGGAGUCUGAUCGUCUACCGAGCACCGCAAAGCCAUCCUUGGGCAUCAAAUCCACCGUCUUUGCAUGAUUUGAUCUCAAAGGGCCCGACAGUCAGACCUUCGAUAGGAAGCCGCUUUCUCAUAGCCAGAGCGUUGACGAGCACACUACUUGAGUCGCACGCCUCCGGUUGGGUACAUGGAAACGUACAGUCGCGUAGUAUUGCGAUGAUUCCACGGUCUUUGAACGACCUCGAGUUAUCUCCUUUCUUUGUAGGCUGGGGCGUCCUGCAACCUCUCGACGCUACGCACUUUGCAUUGGAGCCGAACCUGUACCGACAUCACGACCGUUUCGGCCGACCAUCGUCUGAAUAUUCGAAUGAGCAUGAGAUAUAUUCCCUUGGUGUGGUUCUUCUCGAGCUCGGGCUAUGGCGAACGAUGGCGAAAGUCUUCGCUCGUCGUAUAGAAAAGUUUCCCAUCUUCGGCAUAGUGCAGCAGCAAGAUCUCUUCAAUCGCGUUCACAAUGCGACACUGGAUUGGGCUAACAGUAUCGACAUUGAGAGAGAGAUGGGGAAGGCUUAUGCGCAGGUCGUGCUCAAAUGCCUUACUUGGCACUACGACGAUCCGGUUAAAGGCAUGAUUGAGUUUCGGAAACAAGUUGUCGAUGCGUUGACUACUGGAUGUGGAUUGUGA